AUGUUCCGCACUCUCAUCGUCGCGGCUCUGGUGAUCGCUGCAUUCAGCAGCUUCCUGGACUCCAUUACUGUGGAGCCUCCAGUAUAUGAGCCUGAACUUGCGAACGGGUCGAAACCGUUCAAGAAGGGCUCGCCCGAGUGGAUGAAGUGGUUAGAUCAGUUGGCCGAUAUCCUCGCCCUGACCACCACCUCUCCUCCACCGGAGACCACUCCUACCCCCCGCAAGUUCACCUUCCCUUCG